AAAAAAUUUCAUAAAGAUUUUAAUUUAAACAUUGAGAAAAAUAUUGACUCAAAAUCUCUAAUCAAUUUAAAAAUUUUAAAUAAAAUAUCCAUCAUUUGGCAAAUUCUAAUUCCAAAUUUUUUCAACAAAAACUCAUAUCUUUUAAUUCUAAAAAUUUUCUUCUUAAUCUCUAGAACUUAUCUUUCUUUAUUGAUCACCAAAUUAGAUGGCCAAAUUGUCAAGGAUAUCAUUUCCGGAAAUUUCAAAGGCUUUUUAAUGGAUUUGAUAUAUUGGUUUUUAAUUGCUUUUCCUGCUUCUUACACCAACAGUUCCAUCAAAUACUUGACAAAAUCCCUAGCUUUGAAUUUUAGAACCAAUUUAAUUCGUUACAUUCACGAUAUCUACUUGGACGAUAAAAUGUCAAACUCAGAACACAUUUCAAAAUAUAAUCCAAACUCAAUUAAUAAUCCAAAAAAUUCUUCAAUCCAAAAACUGAAAAUCUAUAACUCAAAUGUUCAAAAUAUUGACGACAUUACUCAAUUUAUUACAAAUGAUAUCACAAAAUUUUGCAAUACCAUCGCCUCUUUAUUUUCAAAUUUAGGCAAACCAAUAAUGGAUAUUGUCUUCUUUGCCAUUUAUUUAAGAGAUAAUCUUGGGACUUUUGGUAUUGUUGGCUUAUUCCUAAAUUAUGUUAUAACUGCCUAUAUCUUGAGAAAAAAUACUCCAAAUUUCGCUAAAUUAGUUAAUGAAAGACAAAAUCUAGAAAGCGAGUAUUAUAAUUACCACUUGAAUUUAAUCAAUAACAGCGAAGAAAUUUCCCUCUAUAAUGGAAUCAAAAUUGAAAAACUAAAAAUUACUGAAAUAUUCAACAAAUUGGUUACUUUUAUCGAUAACUAUAACCGUUUAAAACUUGGCUAUACCUUUUUAGAAAAUUAUAUCCUCAAGUUUUCUUGGUCUGCCUCCGGUUAUUUGUUUGCUUCAAUCCCGCUAGUUAAAGAUUUAAUCACCAACAAUAAUAAAAAAAUUAAUAAAUAUAAAAAUCCUAAAGAGUACAAACUAAAUCAAUCAAAAAAUAUGAGACAGUUCAUCAUCAAUAAAAGAUUGAUGUUAUCAGUAGCCGAUGCUGGUAGUCGCUUAAUGUACUCUAUUAAAGACAUUUCAACUCUAACAGGCUACACGAAUAGAAUAUUUGAUUUGCUAACUUUAUUACACAAAGCUCAUAAAAUGAAUUUUAAUUAUGGUGAUAGAUUUUCAAAUGAUAUUAAAGGCACUAUUCAAGACGAUUAUAACGGUUUAAGAUGCGAAAAAUUAUCAGUUAUUAUUCCAUCUCCAAAGGGUUCAGAAGGUGUUUGCUUAAUUAAUAAGUUAUCUUUUCAAAUUAAGCCCAAUCAAAACCUAUUAAUUCUUGGAUUUAAUGGUUCAGGCAAGACUUCAAUCCAAAGAAUAAUUGCUGGGUUAUGGCCUUUAUAUAGAGGGCUUUUAUCAAAACCAAAUGACAAUGAUAUCUUAUAUGUACCUCAAAGGCCUUAUUUUACCAAUGGGACGUUAAGAGAUCAAAUAAUUUAUCCUCUAAAUGAAUUUGAAAUGAUGGAUUUAGGAUAUACCGAUAACGAUUUAAUUGCAAUUUUAAAAGAAGUAAAGUUGGAUUAUUUACUAAAGAGAAAUUAUGAGAAUAAUUCGGAUAGCUCUAAUAAAACAGAUGAUGUUAGUAGCAAUAGAGGUCCGAAUGAUUAUGAUUAUUAUAAUAUCAAUAAUUUCAAUGCUAUUAAAGAAUGGAAGGAUUUACUAAGUGGUGGUGAAAAACAGCGUAUAGGAUUUGCAAGAAUCUUAUUCAAAAAUCCAAAGUUUAUAAUAUUGGAUGAAUCCACUAAUGCGAUUUCAAGGGAAGUUGAAGAUCAUUUAUUUGAUUUGCUAAAAUCAAAAAAGAUCACAUAUAUCACUUUAAGCCAUAGACCACUAUUAAUAAAAUAUCAUGAUCAGUUGAUAAAGCUACAUAAACAUGGUGAGUGGGAAUUUGAAACAUUGGGAACUGACGCUGCUAUUGAGUCCAUUGAAAAAGAAAUUCAGACGAUUGAUAUGAAAUUAAAACAAGUUGAAUAUAUGCAAACCAGAAAAAUCGAGCUCAAUGAUUUGCUCAAUAGCCAAGAAGAUGAUGAAAGUGAU